AAUACACCCCCAGGAAGGUCUCGAGUCAGAAGGUAUAAGCGAAAAAGUCAUCCAUCAUUGGAGAAGGAAAAAACUUCGAUGUUCAAUAAUUUUCUUCUAUUACUUCUCUAACAUAAAGUUUCGCCAGAAAAAAGUACCGAAACAACACAACCAGCAAAUCAAUCUAAUGUUGCACCCGAUAAAAUCGAACAUUGCUGGCUGUAUACGUUGCGUAUCUGUGGAGUAACAAGUUUUAUAGUUUAUCAAAAAGCAGUUUGUGUGUCGUGUAAAUAAGAGCAGAAACGAAACGGAAAAUUUGUGUUUUCAACCCAACGGAAAAGCGAGAAAAGAGUGAAUCAAAGGAGACUGGAUUUAUGUUUGCCUGUUUCAAAAAAUGUAAGCUGUCUCGAAAAUCGCUAGAAAGAAACACACGCGGAAUGGAAAAUAGUAACUAAUCGACGGAAAACCACCGCCUGUGAGAAAGCCUGGAUUUUCCAGUGCAAGCCCAUACACACAUACACACCUACACACACAAAGCAACAAGAAUGCCUGAUUGUUGAGAAAUGGAUUACAGCGAAUAAUAAAUACACACAAGCGAAACAAUAAAACAACAAAUAUUAUCGCUUAACGAUUCGGAUUACUAAGCGACCAGCGAGUAGAAUGCGUGUAAUAAGGGGACUUGUCUGUUGAUUGGAUCAAAGUUUCCCUUCCACCGGGGGGAUUGGUGUGCCAGAGAACGCGACAGACAAGGGGCGCCCCUUAGUAAUAAAGCGAUAUAAACAUGAAUUAUUAUGCGUAGGAACUACACAUUCGUCCUUAAAGAAACAUCGAAUUUUUAAGCAAAAAACAAAAUAAAAAUUAAAAGCAAACGAAGAAACAAAACGGAAAAAUAGCCCAGGAAAAAAAAGGAUCAAAGUAAUCCGAAUUCUUUUUUGUUCUGUUGGUACGUGAUGUUAAGCGUACGAUAUAUUCGUUACUGUUGAGACAAUUUUAGUGAUAAGAAACCAAAACCAAGCAAGUUUUUAUGCGUGCAAAAUCUAAUGGCCGUGGAAAUGGAUCGUUGAAUUGCGAGACGGGAGUGUGGCAGAACGGUGAAACAAACACCCAGGGGACUGGGAGCUUGGGAAAAGCAGUGAAAGAAGCAUCGUGAAUUACAAGUGCGAUUAAUCGUCACCGUUGUGACCGCCUAGCGAUUCCACACGCACGCAGUGGUCCUGGCUAAAGUCGAACACACGAGUGGAGUUGUUGGUGGUUGUUUCGCGGCUCGGGUUUCCACAUUCGGGCUCGCGUUGGGUUGUGCCUAGGGUUGUCUCCACAAAAGACAUUUAUCAUUACUGAGCAUCCCUCGUUGUUGUUGUUGUUUUUUGUUAUUGCCGUCGUUGCGUUGUUACUGCUGCCAGGCGUCGUGUAGCAACGUAUCCUUUCCCACCAUCACCACCACCACCACCACCAUCAAAACUUAUCACCCCUCAUCCCAAACCAACUAACCAACUGCGGCAAAAAUGGGUGACGAUAGGAAUAAUAAGAAGAUUCUGCAAAAUAUAAAAAUGCCAGAACAGAGCAACGACUACCGAGUGGUGGUGUUUGGCGCUGGAGGUGUCGGAAAGAGUUCGCUGGUUCUCCGGUUCAUCAAGGGAACAUUCCGGGAAAGCUACAUUCCAACCAUCGAGGACACAUACAGACAGGUGAUUAGUUGUAACAAAAAUAUAUGCACCUUGCAAAUCACCGACACGACCGGGUCCCAUCAAUUCCCGGCCAUGCAGCGGCUCUCGAUUACCAAAGGCCAUGCCUUCAUUCUGGUGUACUCGGUCUGCUCCAAGCAGAGCCUGGAGGAGCUGAAACCGAUCUGGAGUUUAAUUCGCGAGUUGAAAGGCGAAGAAAUCUCCCAGAUACCGGUAAUGCUAGUGGGUAACAAAUGUGAUGAACCGGAGGAACUACGAGAGGUGACCAACAUCGAAGGGCAGACGGAGGCCGCCACCUGGGGGAUCUCGUUUAUGGAGACCUCGGCCAAAGAGAACCACAACGUCACUGAGCUGUUCCAGGAAUUGCUCAACAUGGAGAAAAACCGAAACGUGUCGCUGCAGCUGGACGGUAAAAAUAAAAAGAAAAACAAGAAAAAAAUGAUGAAGGAACAAGCGAAGGAAGAGAAACUUUUGAAAGAGAAGAAAGAAAAGGCGAAACAGCAAGCUAAGGAAAAGGAGAAGGCACAACAGAAAGAGAAAGAAAAGGAGAAGGAGAAGGAGAAGCCAAAGGAUAAAGCUAAUGGAACGAGCAAGAAGGAGGGAGCCGCGGCAGAAGGUGGAGCUGAAGGUGAGGGUAGCGCUAGUCUUAAGGAAAAAUGCAAAGUGAUGUAAUUCUGUUGAUAUGUACACUCACACACACACACCAUUUAUCGAGUAAAACGGAAACAAAACUAGAAAGCAUACAAACAAGACAACAAAUAAUCGAAAAAAAUCGAACGUAAAAAACAAGCAAGAUUCAUACAAGGUGAGGAAAAAGAGACACACACAUUAUCAGGUUUUAAAUCGAUUUUAGACGCUAAACAACUUAAUUGAUUAAACAAAAUAAUGGUCAAGGAAAAUGAUAUUAUACAACCAUAAUUAUAUUUAUAUAUAUACUAUAAAAAAAUAUUAUGUACAUAUAAUAGUGCUAAUUUAAAAUUAUAACGCAACGUAGUAACAAGCAGACGCUUAAUCUUCAUGAUAUGCCAUAAAGAAUCACUAGCAAAUAUAGCAAAUUAUUAUAUAUAUUUUGCUUCGGUAUAAUUCAAUAAAUUUGAAUAAAUCGUUAAAUUAAAACCAG